UGUCUCUGUAGAACACCAUGAAGGUCGUGUUGGGCAUCCUGGUUCUUCUCCACUGCGCAGCACAGGUGCAAACCCUGUCAUGCUUAACUUGUGCUGCUGGGACUGCUGAUGAAGCCACUUGUACGACCCAAGUCUGCGCAGGUGGUGAAACAUGGUGUUUCAGUACUUAUACAGUCACAGGAAGCACCAUCACUGUUGAAAAAGGCUGCAAGGCCGCUUGUGUUGAGACAGAGUUCCCAAGAACAUCCUGUUGCCUUAAGGACAACUGCAAUGCGGUACAGUUGAGAUGCUACACCUGCCCUGAAACGAGUGAUGAAUCAACAUGUGCUGUAUCCGUCUGCGCCCUCACAGAUGUGUUUUGUAGGAACACCUACAAGAGAACUGGAACAGGACCAACUGCCACCUACUCUGUGUCAAAGGCCUGUGCUACCAGAGCGACUUGUAUUAAUAAACUGGAUGCAUUUCCUGUAGAGGUAUGCUGCAUAGGACCCAGGUGUAAUGUGCAGUUGAUAUGCUUCACAUGUGAUGAAACAACCGAUGAAAGUUCCUGUACUCCAGGUCGAUGUGCAGCUGGAGCAUUCUGCCAGAGUGACUACAAACUCAACGGGGCAGGAGUGCCUGUUGUCACUAAGUCCUGUGCAGCUGAUUGCAAAGCUGUUGACAAUACAGCAGACAAAAACGUGAGGACAACUUGCUGCAAAACGGGAUUUUGUAAUGAAAACGCCUUGAGUUGCAACACUUGUACUAAUGAAGCUGACGAACCUAAAUGUGCAGCAACAGCCUGCGCUGCAGCUGACACACGAUGUCAGAGCACUUAUACCCUCACUGCCCCAGAUGUUCCAGUAUCAAAGGCAUGUGCUCAGGAUUGCACACCAUCCGCUACUGUGAAGUGCUGCGGUACAUCUCAGUGUAACGUGGACCUCUUGAAAUGCUACACCUGCACCGACUUGACAGAUGAAUCUAAGUGUAAAGAUAUAACAGUCUGUGGGUUCGGUGACAAGUUCUGUAAAACCACUUAUAAACUAACUGGAACUGGUGUCACCGUCAGCAAGGGAUGUGCAUCAACUUGUACUGUAACAACAGCUUUCCCGCGAGAUGAGUGCUGUCAGGGAAAACUGUGUAACGGUGAGAUGUAGUUGUAAGUGACUCUGCAGCUGAUGCAUAGUUCACACACCCUAGUCUCUGUAAGUCGCUUUGGAUAAAGGCGUCUGCUGAAUAAACUAAUAAUAAUAACCGCACGCCCAGGGGCAUAGUAAGGCAGGAGGCCAAGGUUGCUGGGACUUGUUCUUGCCUGUUGAUUGUACUGUAAUAAUUCAAUGGCUUGGAAUGCCUACCAGCCAAUCAGGACGCAGAUAUCUCCCAACCCACUUUAUAAUGAAAAAUAACCUGUUUGAUGCCAGACACACUUUAUUCCAAUUGUUCUGCAUUACUGUAUUUACAUGAGGCACUUCUGGUUUCAAAUGAAAAAGUAAGACUUAUAAGACGAUGCUGAAGCUGGCUUCUUAUUCGCCAGCUUCUUAUUCGCAUUCCAGCUUCUCAUUUGCAUCCUGCAAAUGUAACACAAAUUGAAUAAGUAACUGGGGUAUUUCAGGGGUUAAAUCGCUCUGGGCCACUUAUUUUAAAGUUGAUUCUCACAAAGGGGAACCCCUCUGUGUCACCCAUGGGUACACAGGCCCAAAAACAGACAUUAUAAAUCAUUAAUAACUACUUUUAUAAUGUGCUUCAAUAAUCUCAGCUCCAUCCACCGAUUUGUCCUUAAUAAUCUAAUUUAUAAAUGGUUCUAUAGCUAUUUCUUGCUUGAGCUUUCAUAUUUAUAUAGCAUCUAUUAAUCAUUAAUAAAUGGAUAAUAAAGUGUUUAUUAGCAGACCUUAUUAUAAAGUGCUUUUGAUUAUUAUUAGUCAUUUUAUCAGACACUUUUAUCCAAAGCAAUUUACAAAGACUAGGGGGUGAACUCUGCAUUAACAUCUGAACAAAGACCUGUCAGUGACGGAGCAGCGAGUUGAAUCAGGAACCUGCUGAUAUCAAGACCCUUUCUCUAACCACUGGACCACCAAGCCUCCUUGAUGGAACCAUCUUGACACACUGAAAUAGACUUGCAAUUUCAAACAAGAAAAGACAAAAACCUUGAAAUACUCGGGUUUCUACCAAUAACAGAAGAAUUUAAAUACACUUUUGUAAAAGAGCUAGAAAAUGACAAUACAAGAAAAAGAGAAAACUUGCUGACCAAAAACGUACAAAGUCAUACAGCAUUGUGCAAAUGUAUCGGAACACCUCAAGAUGUGUCAUUUCUAUGCUUUAUAUUCCUACCUGUGUGAUUUACAUUUUUCACUGAGUAAUCAGUGAUAUACAAACAAUUGGCACUUGUGUCAAAAUGUUAGACCACUUUGUGCUUUAAUCUUAAACAGCCAUGUGCUCCUUUUCUCUUUGUUUUUUUUAAUGCAUUGCAUUUGUGGCCUAUUGAAGUCAUCAGUAUAUUAGUCCAGUUUUACAAUUUAGACUAAUUUGCUUAUUUUUACAAUUUUCCAAGGUUUUCAGAUUUCUAAAAGCAACCAGCUGUCCAAUGAUCUCAAAGAUAACACAAGUGUAAAGAAUUUUAAAAAAAAGCUUUGCAAAGGACUUUGUAAUUGAUUUAUUUAUGUAUUUCUUGCAAAGGGCUACGCAUGUUUUUAUUUAUUUGUAGUAGCUUCAGUACUUUUUUACACCUUGCUUAAAACAACUAUCAUUUUAUGAGUCAAAUGGCAAUCAUUUUAAAUGUUGAUUAAAUCCUGUAAAAAAAAAAAAAAACUGAAUGAAGUGGUCUCUAAACCCCUCAUAAUUUUAUUUUGUAUCUAUUUGGUCAAACUAGCUUGACAGGGUAACUUCCAGCAGAACCCAGCUUUUAAUAAAUGAUCGCUUGGUACAGCCUUCAGUUACAGUAGAAAGCUCAUUGUUGAAGUCUCGCGAGCACCACACCACAGACGCAAUGUGAUUUUAAAAUUGACAAUGAGACACUUUUGAAACAACAUGACCAUACACCCAUUGCUGGUACUGGGAAUCCAAUACUGGUACGUAUCCUCGGAAGUGGACAGGGCUAAC